AUGAGCCAUGCGAAAAAAUGCACCACCACCACUGGCUUGCCGCCGCGUAGUUCUUCAGCGUUCGGAGGAAAGGAAGUUUGGCAUUCUUCUGGCUCCGGACUGAUCAUUGUGAAUGUCGAGAAUUCCUAUGCUGUUCGCAACUGGAACAAGGAGAAUCCCCACCUUCCAAUCGAAGUGGGCCAGGCAAUCCUGGAGGUGAAUGGUAUCCGAAAUUCUAAACGAAUGCUGGAAGAGUUUCGAGUGACCGGGCAAGCCGAUUUGCUGAUUGCUACAGAGCUGACGCAGUUGUCGUGCGUUUGCGGUGCAAUCACUAUUUUCAUUCCACUUGCAUCAAAGCAUGGCUGGUCUUUUACAGCAGCAGGUGUCCUUUGUGCAAUGCAAUUGAGAUGA